GGUUGGGGAGGAGAGCUGGUAGAGAGUAUUAUUAUUACUGUAAUUUUUUUUUUAUAUUAUACCAAAUCAAAUGGAGACAAAGACGGAGUGCGGACAACCUGUAAAAUUUACAGUCCGUGCGAAUACGUCCGGAACAAGUGUUAAUAUAUGAGAACGUUGAGACUUUCCUUGAUUCUUGAGCCUGGUAUGACCAAACCCUAAAGAAGCCAUUUUUAUUCUCUUCUGGCCCUCCCUCUCAUUCUCCUUCCGACCGCCGUGUCUUCGCAAGCGCAAGGAAUUUUCCUGUCGCGGAUUUCAGUCUACGAGGGAAGAUUUUUGUGAGAAUUGCUGGGGGGGGAAGAUUUGUUGGGAUCGAUCUCAUGAUCUGCGGAAUUAGUAAGUUAUGAGGUGCGUGGAGUCAGCGGAAUGCUAGAAAUAGGAAGAGAGUUGGUAAAUUUACGACUGUCGUCGUUGAUUUAAAGAUUUUCUAACGUUGAAAUGGAGUAAUUGGAGGCGUAGGUGAUGAUUUGAUUUGUACAGGUUGCGUAGUGCAAAGAAAAUUUGACGUUGACGUUCGGGAAUGGAUGUGAGGGAGUUGAAUGAAUCAUGAUGAUUCACGAUUCACAGUUACAGUGCAUUUCGGUGCUGUUUGAGAUGGUAAGAGGGAGUGAAGUCGUUUAAAUAUGUUGUAUUUUGAUGGUGUAAGAAAUUAUUUAUGGUAAGAUCGUUUGGCUGUUGGCAACUUGGCCGUGGCACAAGUUUCUCGACAAAAAAGCUGCACCGUACCACCAGUUGCCUUCCAUUGUUCGGACGUGGAUAAAACUAUGAAUCAUUUUCAGGAAAUGUUUUAACCCUUGUUGAAAACUUGAUCUUUACCGAUCGCAUGGUUGAAGGUCAUUAUUAAUGUUGUCACAGAUCUUGAGGUCCGGUCCGAAUUGGCUUUUCAGUGCAUUUUUUAUUGCCGUUAACUGAAUUGUUUAUUUUCACGUUCACAGGUAGUUUUUGGUUUAAAAUGGCAACUAGGCAGGUAGAAUAGACAGAGAAAAACACAAGAAUAGAAUGUACGUGUUAGCAGCCUCCAGAGCGGAGGCGCGUAUGAAUUGGCUCAACAGGCUGAGGUCUGCCAAAGGGUUUCCUGUUGAGCCAGGCCUCAGAAUGGAAGAUUUUCUGAACUCCGCCACGUCGCAGGAUCGAUCCCCUGCCCUUUCCUGCACGAAAUCUUGUCAAGUGAAAACUGAGAGCGGUGAAGCCCAAGGGGACGAAAAGGCUAGGGCUCGUGUGAAAGGCGCGACAAAGAAGAAAUCUUUGGCCGCGGUUAAGGAGGAGAAAAAAGACUGGCUGGAGAUGACGAAUAAUGCCUUGGCUGAGCUUUUCUGCAUGCGACAAGACUGGAAAUUGGAUGACAGAAAGAAGACGAAGCGUAAGAGAAAGCAAGACAAGCCCAGGAUCUGUCCGUCUCUUGACGCCAAUUCGUUGCCAUCAUUGAGCGCAAAUGAUGAUAACAUUGUGGAGAAGCCUGGGAAAGCGAGCGAUAAGGCCGUUUGCACGUCUUCGCCGUUAAGUGCAGUGAAUAGUGUAGUAGCGGGAGCAGGGAAAAAGGAGUACGAUGGGGAGAUUAGUCCCGUGAAGAAAAGAAAGGGCUUCAGAGAAAUAGCGGAUGACAGUAUUGAUGGCAGUAAGAGGUCAAAUGCUGACAUAUCUUCUUCUUCUUGUAAUUCUUGCACUGAAGUGACUCUCAUUGACACCAGCCUUUCCAUCUGGAGAUCACGAAAAGUUAUGUACAGGAAAGGUAGCGUUUGGAAAGUCGGAGACAAGAAAGCAGAGUCUGUUUCCGACAAAUGUACUUUGGUUGAUGGGCAUCUACCCGCAAGAAAAGGUUCCAAGAGCAUUGCUACUUCAAGUUCUAGGAUUGUAGAGGAUAAUAAUGCUGCCCAUUGCUCAGCACCUGUCAAGAUUCAAACUAGGAGAGCGCAUGAUUCCAACUCCAUCUCUUCAACAAAAGAUACCAAUGAUCACAGUGAAGUAAGAACAGAAGUUGAAGGGCAAAGAAUACCACAGACUCGUAAUAGGUGCGGCACGAAGAGGCACUUAUAUUCAGGAUCUAUGGAUUGUAGCGAUGAUGGAACUCUAGCAGAGAUUAGGAAACAAGCGACGGAGGAGUCAUUGAAAGUUGUUCCUCAAAGUAUCGUUUGUCCUGAUCAUCCAGUAAAUCAGCCAAUUGAAACGCUUCUCUUCUCACUUUAUCAGGUAUUCCUGCAAGCUGGAAAAAUGGGCCUAACAGCUCGUGAAGCAGUUUCUAGAAUUCUUGAAAAAGGACUACCCGGUCUUCAUGGUGGAGGCAUUGUUCCAAGAAUUCAAGUGGCAAAGAUUUUAAAAACAUCACCAUACUUCAUGCAGCUUGAAGAGUCAAAGUUUGUUCUUUGCAGUGCCAUCAUUGGAAAUGAAGGGCAGCAUUUAAGUUUGCCUAUAAACCUUAUUGAAUCAAGGGAGGAAGUAAUAUUAGAUGGAACUAUUGAAAAGAGUGAAUUGGUAAAGAAAGAGAAGCAAAGCAGGUCUUGGCAGCAUUUGGCGACAGUGGCUGCUAUCCGAAGGGUAAGAACAAGGAGGCGUAGUUUGAUAUUGAAACAGUCAAAAGUCAAACCUUGUUUAUCACGAAAAUCUGUCAAAAACAGAGGAGGAAGUUAGUUGUUCAUAAGGAUGUGGCGUCUAAAACUGUGAUGCGUUUACAGCUAGAAAUGCCCUUCAGGUGAUGCAACCUUCUCCAUGACUGCAAUCAUAAGAACCGCCCCUUGGACUCUGGCUUCUAGAAAAACCCACGAAAAAAGGUCAUGUUUCAGGAUAUUUGUGUUUUUAGAUAGUUUAGGGAAGAAGGAAAUUUAUCUGUUCCAGUGGAUUAUCUCACUCAACUUUUGAUCCCCACGAGUAUUAUGCUGGCAUCUACAUUGGAUGUAUUUUUGUAAGACUUUAACAAUUGAUUUAAGCCAUUAUUUGGUGCUGCAGGAAUGGGCACACGAUGCCAAUCUGUUAGCUGCAGUCAUUCUUCUUUCUAAUUGAUAACAUUUCCCCCCAACCCAUUGAAAGUAAGGAAAAAACAAGAUCCAAUGAACGUGGUUCUUUCUCCACAGGUGCUGCGAGGUUAAAUUUUUGUCCACUGAAAUUUCUUGGCAUAUGGCAGGUUAGGCUUGGAUUCUCCAGGCUUCCAACUUGGAUUGUUUGAUGAUCAAUCAAUCUUCUUCGAAAA